AUGAUACAUACUAUACUCAUAUAACUGCAUGUCCAUACUCCAUAGUGUAGUUUGUUAUUGGAGCUUGCGCGUGCCUGUUACUUCUAAAUAAAAAUACAUAAUGCUCCUUCUAAUAUGGACGGGGGUGUUACUUGGUGUGCUGUACUUGUACCUACGUCAAAUAUAUUCAAGGUUCACAAAGUAUGGAGUGAAGCAGCGAGACCCCGUACCUUUGCUUGGGAACAUGUUGCCCAUUUUGCGGAGAGAGUGUCACUUCAUUUACCUGAUAGAGGAUUUGCAUAAACGCUUCCCAGAAGAAAGGUUCUUAGGAAGAUAUGAAUUUUUGAAUCCGGUCGUUGAAAUACGUGACCUGGAAUUAAUAAAAAAGAUAACAAUAAAGGACUUUGAACAUUUCCUAGACCAUCGUGGCUUCACGGAUGCGGAGGUGGAACCUUUAUUUGCAAGAAAUCUGUUUACAUUGAAAGGGGAGGAAUGGAAAGACAUGCGGUCAACAUUGAGUCCAGCGUUCACCAGUUCGAAGAUAAGAGUGAUGGUUCCCUUCAUGGAGGAAGUAGGAAACCAGAUGGUACGCGUUUUGAAGAAGAGGAUUGAAGCUGCGGAAAGCAAGGCGAUAGAAGUGGACUACAAAGACCUUACCACCAGAUAUACGAACGAUGUUAUUGCAUCCUGCGCGUUUGGACUAAAAGUUGACUCCCACACCGAUGUUGAUAAUAAAUUCUAUGAGAUGGGACGAAUUGCUUCCUCCUUUAAAUUUCGUCAAAUGCUCAUGUUUCUUGUGUAUAGCGCUUGCCCUAUACUUGUUAAGUGGUUAAAAUUGACGCUGUUUACAAAAGCAGUUACAAAAUUCUUCACUCGGCUCGUGUUGGACACAAUGUAUAAUAGAGAGGCCAAUAAUAUUAUACGCCCAGAUAUGAUACAUCUAUUAAUGGAAGCAAAAAAAGGAAGACUGACUCACGAUACCAAUGCGAAGGAGAAUAUAAAAGCAGGUUUUGCUACAGUGGAAGAAUCUGCAUUAGGCCAAAAUAACAAUAAGAGAGCUUGGGCAGACAACGAUCUCAUCGCUCAAGCGGUUCUCUUCUUCAUAGCUGGUUUUGAAACAAUCUCUGUCUCUAUGUCAUUCGCGCUGUAUGAACUAGCUAUUAAUCCCGAAGUUCAAGAAAAAUUGGCAAAAGAAAUUAUGGAGACUGAUGCGAUGGCUGAAGGGAAAUUGGAUUAUAAUGCGAUUCAGAAGAUGUCAUAUAUGGAUAUGGUGGUUUCAGAGGUUGUAAGACUGUGGCCUCCAGUUGCGUCCUUAGACAGAAUUUGUACUAAGGACUAUAAUUUAGGAAAACCAAACAAGGAAGCCACUAAGGAUUAUAUUAUUCGCAAAGGGGAAGUCAUCGCUAUCCCCGUGUGGGCAAUACACCACGAUCCCCAAUAUUUCCCUGAGCCUGAGAAGUUUGACCCAGACCGAUUCUCGGACCACAAUAAAGACUUGAUCAAGCCUAUGACCUAUAUGCCAUUUGGAGUUGGCCCCAGGAACUGUAUAGGGUCAAGAUUUGCUCUAUGUGAAUUGAAAAUGCUGAUAUAUCAUAUUCUUCUACACUUCGAAUUAUCUCCGUCAGAGAGGACUUCAAUUCCCGCCAAAAUUUCUUCAGAAUCUAUCAACAUGUGGAUGGAAGGAGGUCAUUGGUUGAAUUUUAGUAUACGACAUUCGUCGUCGUCAUAAUAAUAACAAACAGUUUUGGUCAUGGAAUCUAUACCUAGUUUAUAUAUAUUAAGAAAAAAUGUUUAAACGUUACGUAUAGUAUAAGUAAUAUCUUAAGAAUAAUGUUAUACAAUUUACAGGUUUAGAAAAACAAAAAGGCAUUACUAUUAUGUUUACAUAUUAAAAUAAAACAACAUGAUUUUGAAAAACAAAACAUUUUUAUUCCUUUUAAGAUAGCUGAUGAAUGAAAUAGUGAAUUUCACUACUAUUUAUAUGAUAACCGGAUUUUAGUUACUAUCGAUGCUUAUCAAUAAAUCGUUGCUAAUGCA